AUGUCAUCAUUAUUAGAUAAAAAAUAUACAAAUAUGUUAGAUAGUGGUAGUUUGUUGGCAGUAGGAUUGGUACUAGUUAGCGGUCUACUUGCUUAUAGUUGGAAAAGACCUCAUCCUUAUGGCCAAACAAUAGAGGUUGGCGAAUCAGUUGAAGGUAGUGGUAGGGCAAGAAGAAAUGCUAUUUCUCCACACCACCUAGUCAGUGCUGUUGAUGAAGAUUCUCAACAUCCAGUUAAAACACUUUAUGAUUCAAUGAUGAUAUCAUGUAAAGAAUAUAAAGAUAGACCAUGUUUUGGUAAAAGAAAAGUAUUGUCAAAUGGAGAAUUGGGUGAUUGGGAAUUUAUUUCCUAUAAUGAAUUCAAAAAUAGAAGUGAAGCCAUCUAUCAAGGUUUAUGUGAAAUUGGUGUUACUCCUAAAUCAAAAGUUGGAAUCUUUAGUCAAAACAGAGUUGAAUGGUUAGUUUUACAAGCUGCAUGUUUUAUGCAAUCUGAUAUCAUUGUUUCAUUCUAUGAAACAUUGGGUGUUGAAUCAUUGGCCUAUGUUAGCAGACACGCUGAAAUUGAAAUUGCCUUUUGUUCAAAGGCCACCAUGCAAAAGACCAGGGAAAUUGCACUCAGUGUCAAUGGACUCAAGACUAUUGUCUGCUUUGACGAUAUCGAUGAGCAAGCAAAACAAGAAUAUGAAAAGGACGAUGAUUUGGCCACCAUCAUGUACACUUCUGGCACAACUGGUGAUCCAAAGGGUGUCAUGAUCACACAUUGCAAUUUGAUUGCUGUCGUCUCCUCUGUCAAGACAUUGGCCGAAGUCUUUGAGACUGAUUGUCACUACUCUUAUUUGCCAUAUGCUCAUAUCCUCGAAAGAGUCGUUGUUGCCACUGCCUUCCACUAUGGUGCCAAAGUUGGUAUCUUUUGUGGUGACACUACCAAAAUUCUCACUGAAGUUAAAACUCUCAAACCAACCAUCUUUAUCGGUGUACCACGUGUCUUUGAAAGAAUCAAAACUGGUGUCUUUAAAGAAAUCGCUAAAAAGCCUGCCGUCACUCGUGCUCUCUUUUCUUCCUUUUAUAAACUUAAACAUGUUGCUAUUCUUUAUGGAUUUAAAUUACCAAUUAUAGAAUCACUUAUUAAUUUAAUUGUUUUCAACAAGUUAAAAGAUCAACUUGGUGGAAAGGUUAGAGUGAUUCUUAGUGGUGGUGCUCCACUUUCAUUGGAUACUGAAUUAUUCUUGAGAGUAUGUUUCAGUUGCUCGGUUAUUCAAGGUUAUGGUUUAACAGAAACCUGUGGUGGUACUGCAGUCAAACUCUUACACGAUGAAUCAUUUGGUAGUUUAGGACCACCUUUAACAGCAUGUGAAAUUAAACUCGUAGAUGUCCCAGAAUUAAAUUAUGUAUCCAAUGGUAAUGGUGAUCCAACUGGUGAAGUUUGUAUUAGAGGCCCAAGUGUUGCUAUUGGUUAUUAUAAAGAUGAAGCAAAAACAAAACAAGAUUAUAAAGAUGGAUGGUUCCACACUGGAGAUAUUGGUCGUUGGAACGCAAGUGGCUCACUAUCUAUCAUUGAUAGAAAGAAAAAUAUUUUCAAACUUUCACAAGGAGAAUAUGUUGCAGUUGAAAAGAUUGAAAACAACUUGUCAAAGAGUGAGGAGAUUGCUCAAAUUUGUGUCUAUGGUGACAGUCAAAAGUCAUGUUUGAUUGCCAUUGUUCAUCCACACCAAAACAAGGCUGAAGAUUGGGCCAAGGCUAAUGGUGUUUCAACCAGCAGUUUCAAGGAUAUCUGUCAGAAUCCAAAGUACCAUCAAUCACUUAUCGAUGAUCUCAACGCCGUUGGACGUAAACAAAAAUUGUUUGGCUUUGAAAUCCCAAAGAAACUCAUUAUCAUCGAUGAAGAGUUUAGUGACAAGAACGACAUGAUGACUCCAUCCUUCAAAUUAAAAAGACCUCAAAUCAAAGAUCGUUACUCUCAAGAAAUCAAAAAUGCCUACCAAGGAUUAGAAUAG